AUGAGCGGCGUUGAUAUGAACAUGCCGAUCCUGAUCGUCGACGAUUACAAGACGAUGCUGAGGAUCAUCCGCAACCUGCUCAAGCAGCUCGGUUUCGACAAUGUCGACGAGGCCACCGACGGGGCCAUGGCGCUGCAGAAGCUGCGCGACAAGAACUACGGCCUGGUCAUCUCCGACUGGAACAUGGAGCCCAUGAGCGGGCUGCAGCUCCUCAAGGAGGUGCGCGCCGACGGCAAGCUCUCGAAGGUGCCCUUCGUGAUGAUCACGGCCGAGAGCAAGACCGAGAACGUGGUUGCCGCCAAGCAGGCUGGCGUGACGAACUACAUCGUCAAGCCCUUCAACGCCGCCACCCUCAAGACGAAGCUCAGCGCCGGCAUGACCGCUCUGGCUCAGCAGACCGAUCUCCAGACGCGACUGGCCGAGUUCGGCCGGCGUCACCCGGGGAUCGACCCGAAGGACCUGGUGGAGGUGGUCGAGGCGAUCAUGACCUCGGCCGAUGGCGAUCUCUCCUCGGUCAAUCUCAAGCUCUACGCCGAGAUCGAGCAGCUCUCGAUCUACAUCCAGCGUGCCCGUGAGGAGAUCGCGUCCUUGCGCCCCGACGAGAUCACCGCCGAGCACCUUCCCGUCGCCGGCCAGGAGCUGGAGGCCGUGGUCGGGGCGACCGAGCAGGCCACCAACACCAUCAUGGAAUCGGUCGAGACGAUCGAGGGGCUGACCGAGCAGAUGCCGCCGGAGGUGUCCGAGAAGGUCGUCGACGCGGUCACCCAGGUCUACGAGGCUUGCGGCUUUCAGGACAUCACCGGCCAGCGCAUCAAGAAGGUGGUCGCGACCCUGACCCACAUCGAGGAGAAGGUGCACGCGCUGCUCGACGCCUUUGGCCAGGAAGGUCAGAGCGAAGCGGUCCGGGAACGGGCCAGGGCCGCCAAGACCAAGGCCGACGACGGGCAUCCCGACGCGGGGCUGAUGAACGGCCCGCAAUCCUCCGACGACGCGAUCAGUCAGGAAGACAUCGACGCGCUGCUGGAUGCAGAGCGGUUUCCUGUCAUCGGCGGACCCGCGGGCGCGGGGCCGUACGAUCACAAGCUGCUCUCGCGGCGCGGAGGCGGCAUGGGCCCGGCUCAAGACGAGGAGAAGGCUGGCGGCGGCGAUCCCAACAUCGUCGCCCUGCUCAGCCUGCAGCUCCUGCUGCUGGCCUUCUUCAUCCUGCUCAACGCGAUCUCGAGCUACGAGGAGCAGAAGGUCGAGCAGGUGGUCAGCUCGGUGAACCAGGCCUUCGACGGGCGCGUGGCCGCGCCGCAGGACCUGGCCGAUGUCGAGGCCGCCGUCGGGCCGCUGCCCGGCAGCGUGCAGCUCAGCCGGCGGGUGCGCAAUCUCUUCGCGUCGACCCUGCCGAUGGCCCGGAUCGAGCAGGAUGAACAGCUUGGCGAGCUGCGCAUCGAAAUCCCGACCGACAGCCUCUUCGCCGCCGACGACCCGCGCCUGCGUGCGGCGCCGGCCGUUCUGUUCAAUCGCCUGGCGCGGGCGCUGGGCCCGGAGCGCCCGGAAGACUUGGAGGCCCGCCUGGAGGUCCUGGUGGGCGUGGCCGCGGAUGCGCUCUCGGCACUGGGCACCCAACCGCAGGCGCUGCCGGUGCUGCGCGCCGGCGAGCUGGCCCGCAGCCUGGCGGCGCGGGGACUGCCCGCCGAGCGUCUGUCGGUCGGCAUCCUGCCCGGCGCCGAAGGAUGGGUGCGCCUGGUGCUGCGCCUGGACAGCGCGCCGCUGCUCGGUCGCGGCGGCGGCGCAGGCGGCUCGGGCGGGAAGGGCCAGGGACAGGCCUGGAUGGUGACCUUCACCGACCUGGUCGCCCUCAUGCUCACCUUCUUCGUGAUGCUCUUCGCGAUGAUGUCGGUGGAGCAGGCGGCCUGGCGCAACCUGACCAACAGUCUGGCGAUGCAGCUGGAGCGUCUGGGACCGCCGCUGGUGCCGCAGCCCCCGGAGCUACUGGACAUGCCCGACGUGCGCGUGGCGCCAGGCGACAACCUCGACUACAUCGCCACGCUGCUCGACGAGCGGGUGGACGGCGUGCCGGCGCUGGCCGAUGCGCGGGUGCUGCGCCGCACCGACCACGUCAAUCUCUCGCUGCCGAGCGACCUGCUGUUCGCGCCCGGCACGGCGGUGCCGCGGGAAGCGGCGCGGGCGGCGCUGUUCGAACUGGGCGGCCUGCUGCGGCACCUGGACAAUGUCGUCGAGGUCGCCGGCCAUGCCGACCCCACCUCGGUCGGCCGCAGCGGCUUCCCGUCGAACUGGGAGUUGUCCCUGGCCCGCGCGGCCUCCGUCGCGGCGCUGCUGCGCGUGGCGGGGCUGACCAACGAGGUGGUCGUCCUCGGCUAUGGCGAGACGCGCUGGGACACCUUGCCCGAGGAGUUGAGCCGGGCCGAGGCCCUGGCGCUCGCGCGCCGCGUUGAAAUCCUGAUCCAUGAACGGGAGGGCGCGCUGGUGGUGACCUUCGCACGGCCGGCCAGCUUCGACACGGCCUCCGCCGAGCGGCAUCUCUUCCGCUAUCUGGAGGGAGUCGAGGUCGGCGCCGAGGGACGCCGCGUCACCUUCGAUCUGAAAGAGCGCUACGGCCUGAAGAGUUUCACCCUCGGCCCCAAGGUGGUGGUUGAUCUGCUGCACGACGCCGGCCAGGUGGAAGCCAAGCCAGCCCCUCAAGCCGCCCCCCAGGCGGCCCCCCAGGCGACCCCCCAGGCGAAUCCGCAGCCGGACCCGGCCCGCGAAACGGCCGCCGGCGCGCCCGACGCUUCCGCGCCGGACGCGGCGCCUGCGGCCACCUUCGCGGCGACGCCGGCGGACCGUGACCUGCCGCAGAUCCGCGUGCGCGUCGGCGAGCACGCCGCCUUCGAGCGCCUGGUCUUCGACUGGCCGGUGCCGGUCGGCUACCGCCUGCAGCAGGAUGUCGAGACCGCCGAGCUGGUCUUCGAGCGUGCCGCGCGACUGGAUGUCAGCCGCCUGCAGGCCAAUCCGCCGGAAACGCUGCGCCGCUUCGCCGACCGCCGUGCCGCCGGAGAGACCCGGAUCGAGCUGCAAUAUGUGCCCGGGACGCGCCUGCGGGCCUUUGCCGACGGGCCUCGCGUCGUCGUCGACCUGCUGCGGCCGCCCGAGAUCGAGCCGAGCCCGCCGGCCGGGCCACCCGCGCUGGCCGAGACGCCCGUUGCGCCGUCGUCGGAGCCGGCGGCCGCGGCAAGCGAGGCGGAGGAGGCGACUGAGGCACCCGCUGAGGCCACCGCGCAAGCCACCGCUGAAGCCACCGGCGCCGGCGCCGGCGACGCCGCGGGCGAGGCCGGCGACGCGGAUCGCGGGGCCG